CACCAAGCGCCACGCUGCAGCUGUUUGUUGGAUUCUGCGCUGUACGCUCCAGGGUGGAUUGGAGUUUGGAGUAGUACACAGAGUGAUAAUAAAAUUUGUUUGGGUUUGUCAUCGCGUGCAAUUUUUUGUAAGAAUAAUUUGAACGAGACAAACAUAGGUUAAAUAUGGAGGAUAGCGGUAUUGAUAGUGAAGAUAGACAGUCCAAUAUAUAUGAGGAUGGUGCAGCAGGUUUGCUGAAAACUGCCAGUGGAGCGCCCAAACAUAUGUCGGAUCUGGAGUUUGAGGUGGCAUUUAGGGGUGCCAGCAAGGUAUAUGCGCCAACUACAAUUGAAAUCGAUGACGAUAGGGCUGUUCGAGGGACAGAGCGCAACGAGCCGCCAAACACCUGCCGCAUACUGCAACGAAAAUUGGAGCUGAAGGUCGAGCGGGCCCGGCGCAACUAUACACAGUACCAAGAGGAGCAGGCAACUAAAACACAAGCAGCCACACUCAUACCUAUCAAUCGGCUGCCCAUACCGGGCGAACCGGAGCAGAAGCCGCUCGUCGAUUAUAAGUCUGAGAGCAGCGAUGAGGCGGAAGAGAUAUCGUUCUUCCCGGCACAGCUGAAGCGUGUCAAACGACGUCAGCAGAAUCAUGAACUUACCGAUACUUUUAGUAUACAAGAGAUGACUAUAGAGUCUGAUUUGGAGUCCGAUGACAGCGGUGGCACUCAAAACCUCGAACUACUCUUGCCCUCCAUGAAAUCAAAUAUUUUGGAUAAGUUGAAGAGCUGUUUUGGGUGCUGCCAGCGCAGGUAAUGCACGAAGAAACAGCCCUUUCACAGUCGGUCCAGGCACAAACACGUUAUUGACAGGCACUCGAAAUUCACUUGUAGACACUAUAUGCAGAAAUACAUCUAUAAAUAAUUGCCAA